AUGGAUCUCCUCUGCGGUCAUGCGAUUUGUUUGGAGUGCUCGCAGAAGUUACGUAUCAUUUUCCCAUUCGACGACGACGAGUGGCCAAGCGUUUACCAAUUGAGAUGCCCGAUAUGCAGAGCGGAGAAUCAAUAUAAUGAGGAGAGAUUCUACGCGAACGCUUUCCUCGAUUUCCUCAACGAGCUGCCGAGAAUGGAGGCACAGUUGAAAGUGGUUAAAUGGGUGAAACGUCGAGAUUCUUUGCUCAAUUUCUUUAAACUCCGUCAUUUCUCGAUUUUAAGUUCAAAA